UCCCUCACUCUCUCUAUAUAUAUGAGAAGAAACACAAGGUGAUGCAUAUAUGAAACACAAGGUAAAGGGCCGGGUAGUGUUGAAUUCAGAGAGUACUAUCUAGCUAGUGAUCAGGAGUCAGGAGAGGUACAGUGUCGUGAAACUUGACGGAGAUCCGGCCAGCGACGACAGAGAGACAAGUUGAGAUGGUAGGGAGGGGAAGAACACCAUGUUGUGAUAAGAGCCAAGUGAAGAGAGGACCUUGGAGUCCUUCUGAGGACUUAAGGCUCAUCAGCUUCAUUCAGAAACACGGUCAUGAUAACUGGAGGGCUCUCCCUAAACAAGCAGGUUUACUGCGAUGUGGGAAAAGUUGUCGUUUGAGAUGGAUCAACUACCUUCGGCCUGAUCUGAAGCGAGGUAACUUCACAAAGGAGGAAGAAGAGUCCAUCAUUAUGCUACAUGAAGCAUGGGGAAACAAGUGGUCCAAAAUUGCAUCCCAUUUUCCUGGAAGAACAGACAACGAAAUCAAGAAUGUGUGGAACACUCAUCUGCGGAAGAAAUUGGCUUUGAAGUAUUCUUGUGGAGAUGAUCAAUCAAAGGAGUUAUCUUCCAUAACUUCCUCUUCAUCCUCAUCAUCUUCUUCCAGUGCUUCAUUUCAGUUGUCUAGUGGAGAACCGAGUGCAGGAGUCACCGCUGAAUUACAGAAUCAACCUAACCAAGAAAGCAACACGUCCAAGACCCGGAACGACUGUGAACUGCCCGAUUCGUUGACAAUCCAAGAAAAACUUGAAAAAAAAUUACCAAUGGAAGUAACAGAUCAAGUUAGGGUUGAUGAUGCUGUAGGCAUGAAAAUGUUGACGACAAGUUCAUCCUUUUCAUCCUACGCCUCCUCAAACGGUUCAAGUUCCAGCCAAGGGGGCGGUGUUUCGAGGCCAGAUGAUUUGGUGUUUGACUUAAAAGGAGCUUAUGAACCUCAAAUAGCAGACAAGGCAGUCUUUGAAAUUCCAUUCGAAUCUGACUAUGGUUUCUGGAACAUGUUAGAUGGGACGUUAUCAUUUGAGGGUAACCCUGAGCCUCUACUACCUCAGGCGGAUCAGACCUACCAGAGCUCAAACUUGGAGCUAGUCGAAAGUGGGAACUGGCUCAGUUACUUGGAGAAAGAACUUGGCCUUGAGGAUUCAACAAAGACCAACAACCAAGAUUUUGUGAUGAAGGAUGCAACCGAACAAUUAGCGUCGGAGAAGUACUGUGAUAAGUUGCCAAAGCCUACAGAAAUGGACCACGGCAUGGAUGAUUACUUCGGAAUGUGGCCACCUUUGCCAGAGAACUCCGCUAACUGAGCUAUAGUCCCUUUAGUCCUAACUAGUUCUGCAGAUGUAGCUUUCCUCCCCCGAAUUUAAGUUAAAGCCAGAGUCAAUUUAUCAUGAAAGAACCAUACAUAUUACAUAAUACUAAAACUACAGUAUGAGUCUUUGGUACCAGGUUUACAUGUACCUUUGAACCUUUCUCCUUUCUGAACAAAUCAUGGGAACUCUGUUCGAUCUAGCUCUACACCCAAAAUCAUCAGAUCUUAGUUUUUCUUUACCCCGAAAUCAUCAUAUUCAUACACCAUCGUUAAAUUC